GCGCCGGGGCUGGGAUGGCGACGCCGCGGCCCUGCGAGGAUGGGCCCUGCUGCUCGCAUCCCAGCGCGGUACUCGGCGUACAGCAGACGCUGGAGGAGAUGGACUUCGAGAGGGCUAAGUCACCAGCAUUCAGAACAAACCUUGACACAGAGGAGGUGCUCGGUUGAUAUUUGUUGAAGGAAUGAAUAUUCUCCACUUUAUAGACAAGAAAACUGAGGUCAAGAGGCAAAGCGAGCACUGAAACUGCCAUUCAGCAUCAUUCAGUCCUUUGGUUGCCUUUCUGCAGGAAUCUGGUCGGCAGCCCUGAAUGGAGACCUGGGCCGAGUGAAGCAUUUAAUCCAGAAGGCCGAGGACCCAAGUCAGCCGGACUCGGCCGGCUACACUGCGCUGGCUGCUGAGAGGGGUCACGGGGACAUCUGCUCCCUCCUCCUGCAACACAGCCCAGCCCUGAAGGCCGUCCGGGACCGAAAGGCACGGCUAGCAUGUGACCUGCUGCCUUGCAACAGUGACCUGCGGGAACUGCUAUCCAGCUGAGCCGCCACCCUGUCUCCAGCUGCCUUUAAAGGGUACACAGACCAGUUCUCCAAGCCCCUGCCUUGGUCAGCAUCCAUGCUGCUGGGCAGGGAACUGAGGCCAGACCACUCAGGAAGAGCCCCAGUCUGGUCACUGUGGAAGCGAGGGAGUAGAUUUGGUGUGGCUAAAAGUGUUUAAGACUGGACAGAUGAUCAUAUUCUAAAUUAGUUCAUAUGAGACAUCUAUUCAUUUGGAAAAAAAUAAAGUUAUAUCCUUACUUCAUCCCACACCCAAAGAUAAAUUGCAAGAUUAAAGAUCUAAAUAUAAAAACACAAAACUAUGUAAGUGGAGAAAGAGUUGAAGGGAAAGUGUUGGGAUUUGGACAUGGAGUUCCUGACCCUGGAGCCUGGCCUAGUGACUGGAGGAGGGGCCCCCAAGAGGCUGUGGCCCUGGAGAAGCUGAAAUUGGAAGAAGAGAAGAAGAAGAAACUUGAAAGAUUUAACAGUUCCAGAUUUAAUCUGGAUAACCUGGCUGACUUGGAAAACUUGGUUCAAAGACGGAAAAAGCGACUGAGACACAGAGUCCCCCCCAGGAAACCCGAGCCCCUGGUUAAGCCACAGCCCCAGGCCCAGGUGGAGCCUGUGGGCCUGGAGAUGUUCCUGAAGGCAGCUGCUGAGAACCAGGAGUACCUGAUUGACAAGUACCUGACAGACGGAGGGGACCCCAAUACCCAUGACAAGCUCCACUGCACCGCCUUGCACUGGGCCUGUCUGAAGGGUCACAGCCGGCUGGUGAACAAGCUGCUGGUGGCAGGUGCCACAGUGGACGUGCGGGACUUGCUGGACAGGACACCUGUGUUCUGGGCCUGCCGCGGAGGACAUCUGGACAUCCUCAAACAGCUGCUUAACCAGGGAGCCCAGGUCAAUGCCCGGGACAAGAUCGGGAGCACCCCCCUGCACGUGGCAGUGCGCACCCGGCACCCCGACUGCCUGGAGCACCUCAUCGAGUGUGGCGCCCACCUGAACGCACAGGAUAAGGAAGGGGACACGGCUCUGCACGAGGCCGUGCAGCACGGCAGCUACAAAGCCAUGAAGCUACUGCUGCUCUAUGGGGCCGAGCUGGGGGUGCGGAACGCGGCCUCUGUGACUCCGGUGCAGCUGGCUCGAGACUGGCAGCGCGGCAUCCGGGAGGCCCUGCAGGCCCACGUGGCGCAUCCCCGCACCCGUUGCUGACCGCAGCCCCCGCCGCGCCUUGUGCACUGCCACCAUUCCAUCCUGUGCUCCGCCCCCGCGUCUGCACCUCUGUGGUUCCUGCCCUCGGCCCCAGUUCCUCCCUCUCCGGGCUGUGCCUCCUCAGCAGCCCUGGCAGAACUGAGGAGCAGCACCGGGCCCAGCAGGCAGAGAGAGAGGCCUCCCUGGCUUCGAGUGUCAGGGGAGCCGCGUUCCCUCCCAGGGCUGGAGCAGAGGACCACGAGGCAGCAGAAAGCGCGGGUCCAGAUGAGGGCCAGGAAGGAGAGGAGAGUGAGGGCCAAGAACGAGCCUGAAGGGAGCAGUCCCAAGCUGGAGCCACCCAGGGCUGGGUCUGGAAAUCCUCAGUGUCCACUUGUCCCAGGUUAGGAGGCUUGCCUUGCUCUCCCCAGGGCCAGUCUCUGUGUGUGGGGACUCAGCCUGUGGCCGGCAGAUGCCAUCCAGGAUGUACAAGGGACAGCCAAGGCAGGCCGUGCAGGGGCCGGGCCUGUCUGCAGCUGGUGGAUGCCCGUGGGCACGGCUUUCUCCGGGGACCCCAUUCCUGUCAGUAGCAACCCUGGCAGUGUCUGGAGCGGCUCUAGACAACUUUGGUCAUAGGGACUCUGGAGGUGGGGUCUGGUCAUCUGAGGUGGCUACUCAACAGGUUUGAGGCCCCACAGCAACAGAAGUCCAGGACCCACUAGGUUGCCUCAGAAGCCCUAAGAUGAUGAGCUGGAACGCGUAUUUGAGAGAAGCCUCGCACCCACUGUGUACUGGCCCCGCUCAGGCCGGCCUGGCACACUGUCGCCUGCUGGCAGCUCUCAUGUGUAAGUGCCUGGGCACUGGCGAUUGCUUGUGGCCCACUCAACUCUUGGGGCGGUGGCCCGUAACCCUAGUUUGCCUGAGGCUCUUAUGUCCCCUUAUGUCCCUGGUACUGGAGCUUGAGCUCUUGCCUGGAACGCUGCAGCUGCGCCCACCCUGCCUGAUCCCACCUGGGAGGCCAGGACACUGAGGGGCUCUGAACCCAGCCCACAGGGAAGCAGGGGAAGGUGAGCCCCCGCCGCCCGCCGGCCCUUCCCUGCUCCCUGGUGGUCUAAGGAUCCAAGCUCCCUAGACUUCUUCCUCUUCCACUGUCUGUACGUUUCAAAUUACACUGGUGUAGGCCUGUACUGCUGGCGGGGCUGGGCCCCUAAACGCCAGAAAGUGAAUCUUAAGAAGCUCUGCCCUAAACUGAGAACCACAUGCUGAGGGAAGGGCUGAAAGGUGAAGGCUCAGCCCCCCUCACAUGGGUCCCGGGUUACAUUAGGAACGGGGUGAUAGGCAUUUGGCCAUGGUUCUUUUUCGUCUACCUUUGGUGGCCUUCUCAGGCCCAGAACAAGGCUGUUGUUACUAUGUGGAAAAGCUCCACACUAGGGGCACACACCUUUCCAUGAGCAGCUCCUGCCCUGUGGCGACAGCCAGCAUGCAUCCAGACGCUGGUGCCAUGGCGAAGCAGGCGUUCAAGACCAUGGAGAAGACAACUGCUCAUCUAGAAAAUGAGGACACCUCAGUGACAAACACACCUUUUUAUACCAAUCAUCAGUAUCCUCUGUUCAUUAAAACUGGCUAUCCAUUACA